AUGAAGGAAAAAGUUCAAGAUCCAGAUUUUCGUGAAAGGCUUAUAGCAUACUUGGAAGAUAUCAUCAAAGAAGAUCUAGAUGAUUUGAAAAACAAAGAAACUCGAGCCGAAUUUAGCACUUCAUCAUCAUCAUCAGAUACUUCACCACAGUUGACAACAGAUAGUCUUUAUGCAGCUUUCCGUACAAUGGAUAUUACAAAUUCUGAACAAAAUAGAGAUCAUUCUUAUCCUUCGACUGUUUGGUCAACACCAGUCAAAGGGCAAUUAUCACCAUCGAUUCCAUAUGCAUCACCAGAGAUACUUUUUGGAUCUCCAUCAAAUUCGCAUCGGUCCUUGUCAAUACCGUAUGCAUCUCCUCGAUGGAACGAACUAUCACAAACACCAACGUCUGAUCGAUCAAUAUCGGGUAUGAUUGUCUAA